UUAAAACGAAACUCUGAGUUUUAAAUAUUUAAUGCUAAGCGUGACAACAGUGUCCAGAUAUAAUCAGCCAAGUUGGGUCGUGCGUAAUAAGUGACUUACGAGUGGCAAGAUCGAGGAUUUCGUUUCGUCCACGUUAUUUCGAUUCUCGCUUUCCGGCAUUCCCGAAUUGUGGCCGCGGUGAGCGUUGUUGGCCCUUAUUGACGUGAGUGACCCGAUUAACAACCCCUUAAAGAAAGAAGCACGAAAAAAUGGCGCUAUUUAGGGUAACCAACAGACUCCAAGAAUCACAGAAAAUUGUACCCCAAAUAUCAACAAUCAUCAGACAGCUCACCGACUCUUCAACAGAUCUCAAGGCAGUCUUGGCCGCCAAAAUACCAAAAGAACAAGAAAGGGUUAAGAAUUUCCGUAAAAACUAUGGAAGUGCCAAAGUUGGAGAGGUCACAGUUGACAUGAUGUACGGUGGUAUGAGAGGAAUCAAGGGUCUGGUGUGGGAGCCCUCAGUGCUGGACGCUGACGAGGGAAUCCGUUUCAGGCAACUUUCCAUCCCAGAGUGCCAAAAGGUCCUGCCGAAAGCCCCUGGGGGCACCGAGCCUCUGCCUGAAGGUCUCUUUUGGCUGUUGAUUACCGGAGAUGUGCCCACAGAGGCCCAGGCCAAAGCGGUGUCAAAAGAAUGGGCGGAACGUGCCGAACUUCCACCGCACGUCGUCACCCUCCUCAACAACCUCCCGUCCAACGUUCAUCCGAUGGCUCAACUAUCGGCCGCCAUCACAGUCUUAAACAGCGAAAGUAAAUUCGCCAAAGCUUACUCCUCCGGAGUGCACAAGUCGAAAUACUGGGAGUACACCUACGAGGACGCGAUGGACCUUUUGGCACGUUUACCGGUCGUCGCCGCAACCGUCUACAGAAACACUUACCGCGACGGUUCCGGUAUCGGUGCCAUCGACACCUCCAAGGAUUGGGCCUACAAUUUCACCCAAAUGUUGGGCUAUGACAAUCCCGAGUUUAUCGAACUGAUGAGGUUGUACUUGACGAUUCACAGCGAUCACGAGGGCGGAAACGUAUCGGCCCACACCACCCAUUUGGUCGCGUCCGCUUUGAGCGACCCCUACUUGUCUUAUGCGGCGGGUCUUAACGGAUUGGCGGGGCCGUUGCACGGUUUGGCCAAUCAGGAGGUGCUCGUUUGGCUUCAGAAGUUACGGCAACAAGUCGGUGACAAAUACACCGAGGAGGGUUUGAAGGACUUCAUUUGGAAGACUUUGAAGUCUGGACAGGUGGUGCCCGGUUAUGGACACGCGGUGUUGAGAAAGACCGAUCCGAGGUACAUGUGCCAGAGGGAGUUUGCCCUUAAACAUUUACCUGAAGAUCCACUUUUUAAGCUCGUGUCUGAUGUGUACAAGGUGGUGCCUCCGAUCUUGUUGGAGCUCGGCAAGGUCAAGAACCCCUGGCCCAAUGUAGAUGCUCACUCUGGAGUACUUUUGCAGUAUUAUGGUCUGAAAGAAAUGAACUACUACACCGUCCUGUUCGGCGUGUCGAGAGCCCUGGGUGUUAUGUCCGCACUGGUGUGGGAUCGUGCCCACGGACUCCAAAUCGAAAGACCCAAAUCGAUGUCCACCGACGGUCUCAUGAAGGCACUUAAGGCGGCUUAAUAAUGUACCUUAUUUAAUGUUUUUUUUUUGUUAACUCUUACUAGGUUGCAAAACCAGUAAGAGUAAUUAAUAAGUGACUUUUUUGUUUUAACACUCGCAGUUUAUGCGCUUAUUUCGUGAUCAUCAGGUGAUUUUAUUUUAAUUUUCAUUAGUAAAAGAAUCGUUAUAUUAUUUUAAUCGAUUUUCAAGCAAAAAAAAAUUAUUCGUGUCAUUACUGUUAGUUUUUAUUUAUUAUUUGUAACUUUUGUUUAUCGCGGCUCAUUCUGUACAGGAUUUGUAAAUUAUUAUUAAUGUUAUAAUUUCGAAACUCAAUUUGUAAGUAGAUCAAUAAUAAGACAAUACAUGUUUUACAAGUUUUAA